AUGGACGUUUUCAAGCUAUUGUCAACACAUCUCACUUUUAUUGCAAUUGCUUGUGCUUUCCAUCAUGGUUUAUCAGCAGCGGAAAAGUUGGGAAAGUGGCAGAACUUUGUUCGUAUGACAAAAUCAGACUGGAACGGAGAUUUUACUGUCAAACAUUCUGCUAUGUAUGCAGGCACCAACAACAUCAGACAGAAACGCACGGAAAGGGGAACGGAAUCGACAUCUGAACAAAAAUGCCCAAAAGGUAGACCGUCUACUAGUGUGGACGAGUUUAUAGCAUGUCCGAUGUCCUUCUGUCAACACACCAGCUACAGGUGUGCCAUACGAUGUCUAGGACAGGAAUCUGGUGACAACUGUGAACUAUACAACUGUACAUGGCACCACCACUGUCCAUAUCCUAGUCGUGGUGGUAAAUCCACUAUUCCUAUAGAGAAAGUUUGUGACGGUGUAGCCCAGUGUACCAAUUCUGAUGACGAGUCCUUCUGUGUCAAGCCAUGCCCACAAAAAUGCAUGUGUACUGGUUUAAUUAUCAGCUUCAUCUCUACUCCACUCAGUACUUUACGUUCUCCCUUUAAGAAAAUCUCCUUUUUCAUUAACAAGAUCGAUCCACCUUUAAAACUUUAUGUCAACUUUUCAGACUUUUCAUAUCUUGCAAUAAGAGGCAUGAAUGCAAUACCAGAUAAUUUCACCAGAGGUUUAUAUAAUAUACAAAAUUUGGUGUUAACGGAAAACAAUAUAUCGUUUGUGGCUAGUGAUAUGUUCACUCACAUGUCAGGUCUACGGUCAUUAAGUUUAUCAUCUAAUAGGAUCACGCAUUUAAAUGGUAAUAUAUUUAAUGAACUGUCUGCUCUUAGGCGUCUAUCUCUACAUAAAAAUCGGAUGAAAAUGCUUCAAGCUGAUGUCUUUACCGGACUAUCCACACUUACGCAUCUGAAUCUAGGUAACAACCAGAUACAAAUCCUUCCAGCCGAUGUCUUUACCGGACUAUCCACACUUACGCAUCUGAAUCUAGGUAACAACCAGAUACAAAUCCUUCCAGCCGAUGUCUUUACCGGACUAUCCACACUUACGCAUCUGAAUCUAGGUCACAACCAGAUACAAAUCCUUCCAGCUGGUGUCUUUAUUAUAUUAUCUACACUGACACAUCUGUAUCUACAUAACAAUCAGAUUAAAGUCCUUCCAACUGAUAUAUUUAAUGAACUCACCGCUCUUACGUAUCUGUAUCUAGAUAAAAAUCGGAUAGAAAUCCUUCCAGCCAAUGUGUUUACUGGACUUUCUAAGCUUACACAUCUGUUUUUAAAUAACAAUCAGAUAAACAUUCUUCCGGAUGAUACCUUUACUGGACUAUAUAAACUUUACCAACUAUCUCUAGUAAACAAUCAGAUACAAACUCUUCCAAAUUAUAUCUUUACUGGACAAUCUACACUUAAAGAUCUGUCUCUAGGUAACAAUCAUAUAAAGAGCCUUCCGACUGAUGUCUUUAUGGGACUACAUACACUAUACUAUCUUUCUCUAAGUCACAAUCAGAUAGAAAUCCUUCCAGGUGAUAUUUUCAGUGGUUUAUCUGUGCUUAGCUCGAUCUUACUAAACAACAAUACCCUAUCCAUUAUACCUGUUUUACCUUCCUCUGUUAGAUUGCUUGAUAUAUCGUUCAAUAGCUUCACGAUGUUACCUGCUGGAAUAUUUUCCAAUUGUAGUCAAUUAAACCUUUUAAACAUCAUAGGUAACAAAAUAGAUAUACAGGAACACAUGUUUGAAGGAUUAGAUAAUCUGUCUACUUUAUUGACCGAUACUCCAUUCAUGUGUUGUGUUAAGCCUCCGUCUGUUUCUGACAAUAGAUGUUUGAGAGAUCAUAAAAAGUUGGCGGAUUGUUGGUUUGGAGAUUUGUCUUGCAAAUCAGAAGGAGAUGCGAUAUCUUCAUGUUAUACAUUGAUAGGUUCAGUUGCACUAAGAACAUCUCUCUGGGUAAUUGGAGUUUGUGCUUUAAUUGGGAAUUUUGCUGUUAUGUUCUACCGACUAUUCAUAGACACAGAUAAUCUUACAAUGAGUUAUUCGUUCUUUGUACUGAAUUUGAGUUUAUCAGAUUGUCUAAUGGGCGUCUACAUGAUUGUGAUAGGCAUUGUAGACAUCUACUAUAACGGUGUUUACGCAUGGAACAACCAAACAUGGAGAAGAAGUACUCUAUGUACCACAGCUGGAGUUCUAUCCAGUAUAUCCAGUGAGAUGUCGACGUUUCUUAUUCUACUGGUGACGAUAGAUCGAGUCAUUGUCAUUAUGUUCCCAAUGUCCCGUCUUUCCAAACAGAACAUCUCGUGGAAACAGGCAUCCGUGGUCUCAGUGUGUCUGUGGCUUAUUUCUACCACACUUGCAGUCAUC